CCGAAACUUUUUCCUAUCGCGCACUGACCACGCUCGAUAAGAUUAAGAGAGACCGGCAGCCGAUAAAGCCACGCCGCCCAGACCUGAUCCAAGCCCCACAUCCAGCUCGCUCUACGCCCCGCCAUCCCUCCUCCAGUGCGUAACUCUACCGAGCAAGCAGCAAGACCAGACACCGGACGAAGCCAUCCCCAGCGCCGUACCUCAUCUUGUAUUUAACCUUCGCCGCUGCUUCUCCUCACAGCCAUAUUACCCACACAAACCACAACACCCGAACUUAAUCUAACGACUCGAGCAAGAGCCAAGCUUCCAACCCAUCAACAGCGUGCCACCCGCAAACCACAAACAUGGCUGAAGUCGUUUUCGCUAGGCAGUUCCUGGCGACCUUGGAGUCGCGCCCGGCUAAGCUGUCGGCCGACCAUGUCGAGGAUCCCAAGAACUUCCCUGCUCGCCCUCCCUACAUCCUGCCCAAGAUGCCCAAGCCCAUGAGCAAGCCCACGAACCUUGCGCCGGGCCAGGAGCGCAGCAUCAACGUCACCCUCAAGUCCCUGCGCAACCCUCCCUUGGACAUCAAGCUGUCAUCGCAGACGCUCAACACCUCGAUCCUCGACAUCAAGACGACAGUCGAGACCAAGUCGCGGAUACCGGUGGACAAGAUGAAGUUGCUGUACAACAAGAAGCCGGUGGCGGACAGCAAGGUGUUGAAGGACCUGCUUACGGAUGACCAGUCUUCGCUGGAGUUCUCCGUUAUGGUCAUCGGAGGUGCUGCGGCCAUCAAGGCCGAGCCCUCCCCUGUUGGAGGUGGCGGCUCUGGACAGCAGGAAGACAUUGGAGAGGCUGCACUGGACACGCCGGAGUUUUGGGACGACCUGAAGGGCUUUUUGAUGCAGAGGCUCAAGCACGAGCAAAAGGCGGAGGAGCUGUCGGCUCUCUGGCGCUCGACCUGGCAGGCGCAGAAGAAGUCAUGACGUAGCAGCAGUCACGGAGGACGGGACUCAGGCAUAA